CCUGUAAGGUAGAACAGCUUGCAAAGAGAAAUACGACGUCACAAGACGUUGAAUGGUGUUCCCUGACGGACGCACAUAGUACCUCCAACGGAACCUACUACAACUCCUUCAAAUAAGUCUCUGACGAGUUUGCUCCAUUCCACAUUCGACUGCCCAGCGCGCACAAUCAAACGUGUUGCAACGGAUCAAGAGUGUUCCAUUCAAAUCUUUUCCGCCCACUCCGCCAUCGCAAUUGUUGGGAGCCGAUUGACUUUUCAGUGACAUCAAAUCGGUGGGCAUCGUCACAUUAGAAUGAGCGCAUUCCGCGGGCAACAACAACAAGAGCAGCCGCGAUGGGUCAUUUGGUCCUUGUUGGCGUUGAUGGGAGCGAUGGCCGCAGUGGCGCAACCACCUCCCUUCCAGAAACCAGCGUUCGGCCGACUACCGUCGCAGCAGCAGCUGCACCAAUCCGGACCCAAAUGCGCCCUCGUCGUGCCCAAAGGCAACGGAGAAACGUGCAUCAGUCAAGAGUCCAUCAACCGGGCGUUCAGCAAAGCCUCAAAAGAAUUCAGACUCAUCGAGUCCAGGGAUGGAACCAACGCCGAGCAACUGGCCGAAACUCUGCUGGAAACCAGUCGCCUCCUGGCCUUAGAGCACAAAAUGGAAUCCAACGAGAUUCACGAGGCCUUGCCACUCAUCGACGUUUUCAAGACCUCCAUCGGCCGUUUUUGCUCCAAGCCACAAAAGUGUGAGGUCAAGCGGUUCCGCAGUUACGACGGCACGUGCAACAAUUUAGACAAUCCAAACUGGGGCGCCAUCUCAGCCCCGUUCCGUCGCCUCAUCCCGCCCGACUACGCCGAUGACAUCAGCCUGCCGCGCAUUUCAGUCACCGGCGAACAGCUGCCGACGGCCCGUUACAUUUCGUCGACCAUCCAUCGCGAUCUCGGCUUUCACGAUCACGCAGUCACCGUCUUCCUGCCGGCGUUCGGCCAGCUGAUUGAUCACGACAUGGCCUCUGGAGCAGAAACUAAAGAUCCCAGGACGAACGCCGAGCCCAAAUGCUGCGACGUGUCUCCCGAUCGACGCCACCCGGCCUGCUGGCCCAUCGACAUCCCGGCCAAUGAUCCCUUCUACUCUCUGUUCGGACGGCGUUGCCUGGAAUUCGUCCGAUCGGCCACCGGAUUGAAAGACAAAUGCAAACUGGGAUCGCGCAGCACCUUCAACACCGUCACCAGCUUCCUGGACGCCAGUUUCGUCUACGGAACGGCCAAAGACACGGCGCACAAGUUGCGCACCUUCCGCGGCGGAUGGCUCAACAGCAACACGGCCCUGCGCAAUUUGGGGCUCAAGGAACUUUUGCCGCCCAGGACCGAGAAUCCCGACGACAACUGCAAGCGGCCCAGUCGGGAUCUCUACUGCUUCGAGGCCGGCGACGGCCGAGUCAACCAGCAGGUCAUGUUGGUCACCCUGCACACCGUUUUCUUGCGAGAACACAACAGGAUCGCGGCCCAGUUGGGUAAAAUCAAUCCUCACUGGGAUGACGAACGACUCUUCCAGGAAACGCGACACAUCAUCGCCGCUUACAUCCAACAAAUCACCUACAACGAAUUCUUGCCCAUGGUCCUGGGUAAGGACAUUAUGGAAGACUACGGACUCCUCCUCGACAGAGACGGUUUGUCGUCGGAAUACAACCCGAAAACCAAUCCCAAUCUGCCCGUUUCGUUCUUUGCGGCCGCCUUCCGCUUUGGUCACUCGGUCAUUCCGUCCCAGAUUGAACAGUGGAGUGUCACCCACAAGCACAUCGGUUCCAGGAGACUCAGCGAGCUGUUCAACCGACCGUUCGACACCUAUCAAGGCGGAGUCAUCGAUCGCUACAUCGCCGGUUUCAUGAAUCAAGUGGCCCAGGCUGUCGACGACGCCGUGACAGAGGAAUUGACCAAUCAUUUGUUCGCCGAGCCGCUCAAGAGUUUCGGCACCGAUUUGGCCGCGCUCAACAUGCAACGAGGCAGAGAUCACGGCGUUCCGUCUUACAACGCCUACCGAGGAUUCUGUGGGCUCCGUCGCGCCAGACACUGGAACGAUUUGGCCGGAUCAUUUACCAACGAAACGCUGCAAAAAUACUCGAAGACUUACGCCACCCCUGACGACAUUGACCUGUGGACGGCCGGCAUCUCAGAACGACCUCUGCCCGGCAGUAUGGUCGGCCCAAUUUUCGGUUGCAUCAUGGGAGAAACGUUCAAAAACUUGCGCUAUGGCGAUCGGUUCUGGUACGAGAACGGCGGCUUGCCCAAUUCAUUCACGCUAGAUCAAGUCAACGAGAUUCGCAAAAUUAAAUUGUCCAGACUUUUGUGCGACAACGGCGAUCGCAUCGAAACCGCCCAAGUCUACGCCAUGGUCCUGCCCGAUCCUCAAAUUAAUCCUCGCGUGCCUUGCAAAAGUUCCGUCCUGCCUCGUUUGAACUUGGAAUUAUGGCGGGAAUCGAAAGGGAAACCCAAUGUCAAGAAUCCGCAAUUUGCACCAGGACCGCCCAAUUCUUUCCCCGGAGGCUUCAACAACGUGCCAUCGUUCAACGACCCGCGGCCGUUUUUCAAUUAAUCGACAAAAUCAACACGCAGGGGCGGAGGGAGAGCGUUCAAUCAACGGGGCAAACAAACCAACAGCAAACGAAAAAGGAAAAUGUGUCAAGUGAAACCAAUCUCCAGCUCCUUCAUCGCCACAUCAUUAUCAUCAGAGCCAUCGAGUAUAUACAAGUAAUCAAUUCAGAAAAGACCAACACCAAAUUAAGAAUGAUGUUGAUUAAAGUUUAAAAACAGAACAAAAAAACUCAUAAAAACAAAAUAAAAAAAAUUGAGGCCGACGGAUUGAGUCGAACGAAACCGUUUAAAAUUGCAGUUUCGUACAAUUCAAGUUUGUUUGAUUAUUAUCGUGAAUGAAUUAAUUUUUAAAUAGCAAAUAUUAUCUUUGAUACUUUAUUCUCAAAAGUUCUUGAUUGUUUUCCUGUCCACGGGUCGCCCAACCCAUUUUGUUUCAAUCCCGUUUCAACAACCAAAACCGCAAUCUUUUUUCCCAUUCAUUUCUUCGAUUUCUGUUCCGUUUUCCUGAUUUUUAUUUCGAAUCUCGUUCCUCUUCUACUUUUUGUUGUUUUCCCGUUAACUUUCCCUCAGAUGCAAUUCCCAAUUCAAAUUCAAGCAAACUCGAACUUUAAACGAACCCGAGUGCUGUCCUGAAAACUACACAUGCGCCAGUCAAUUGUGCUGUUGACACACAAUUGGGCCGCUGCUACCAUCACUUCCCACCCAGUUUACGCUGUCGUAUCCCCCUUCUAGCGCUCAUUAUUCGGCCUCAGCUCACAAUGCCCAACAUUUCCAGUUUGUGUUCCGUUUUGACAUUUCUUUUAUGGAACGGGGAGGGCUGGGCUUGCCGCCGAUGUCAAUCGAAUUAAAAAAAACGGGAUUUCGCAGAGGAAUUUAACUCAUUUAAAAAAAGGUAAAAAACAUUUACGACUCACGUAACUGAUGGGGAAAAAAGCCAUUCUCUCUCCUUAUUCCAUAAAUUUUUUUUUUCUGUAUAAAUUUUUCUGAAAUGAUUUCGGUUCUGAAAUGGAGGAUUUUUUUAUUUAAAACGUUUUCGUGUGUUGUUUCUUUCUCUAUCAUUCUCUCUUUACGCUAGCGGCAAAAGAAAAAAAAAGAUGACGGAUUUGUCUGGCUGUUUUCUCGUUACAACUUCUCCCUUUUGACUUUUGUUUCGCGCGUCUAACCGUCUCCACUGUAAUCUCUGUUCGUCUGGAUGAGAGCAAAAGAAUGAAAAAGAAAAUAACAAAACAAUAUACAUGCAUAUUAUAUGA